UGACGUCUGGCGACAGCAAUGCAUUGUGGGGCGCGGUUUAGAUAAGAAUAAACCGAAUAAACGCCACUGAUUCUUACAGUUAUCUGUUUGGUAAAAGACGAUUGUUUAGUAACUACUGAGCAGUGGAAAUCACACGACCUUUCCUUUCCACAGCUGCGAGUCUGAAGGUGAUAACAUCGUGACCACAGCGGUGAAAGCUGGCUGAUGAUGAACCGGGAAGAAAAGGACCGCAGAAGAAGCGCCGAUCGGAGCUUUUUUUUUAAACAAACCAACAACUUCCAGCAGCUUCCGAGAGGAGGAAACGGACAGUGAGCCGUCCUGCGGCGGUGAGAGUGCCUCAUGUAUCGCUGCUGUCCGCUCAACCGCCGCUCGCACGAGCCCAGCUUAUUUAGUUGCGGAUUGCGGUUGUCAAUGUGGUAUCAAUUUAUUUGUGUAUAGUUGGAUGAGGAGGAAGAGUGACUUGUUGUUGCUGUUUCAGAAACGGAUGUGACUGGAAGUGGCUCUGGAGGACCGAGAUUCUGACACCUUUAUCGUGGUGAAUGAAGCUGGUAUUAAUUCUGCUAUGAAUGGCGUCCCAGAAGGUGCGCAAGGGCGUCCAGUAGAACAAAUGACACAGGAAGAGGCGAGUGCUGGUCAACCUGUAAAACGCAAAAGGAAUAAACGCAGCUUGAUUUGGAGGCACUAUGAGGAACUGAGCAGUUUGGCUGCUGCUCGUUGCUGCAUUUGCAUGAAGUUACAGUCCUUUGAAGGCGGCACCAGCAACCUGCACCGGCACAUGUCAAAGAAACACCCGGAGGUGUUUUCUCAGCUCGUAGCAGAUCGGCAGCACCCACCACCACAACACUCAUCACAGAGCUCAGAUGCUAAUGUGGAAGUGGUUCUGGAGGAUGAAGACAAUGACACCCUUAAUUCUACCAUGAAUGGCAUCCUGGAAUGUGCACAAGGAGGUCCAGCAGAGCAAAUGAAACGUGAAGAGGGGAGUGAUGACCACCCUGUGAAACGUAGGCGGAAUAAACGCAGCUUGAUCUGGAGGCACUACGAGCAACUGGAAAGUUUGGCUGCUGCUCGCUGCUGCAUUUGCAUGAAGAAGUUACAGUACUUUGAAGGCGGCAGCACCAGCAACCUGCAUCGGCACAUGUCGAAAAGACACCCGGAGGUGUUUUCUCAGCUAGCAGCAGACGGGCAGCAGCCACCAGCACCCCACUCAUCACAGAGCUCAGAUGCUAAUGGUCGCACAUUGAUGCUACCAGAGAACGUUGGGGAGACAGAGAAGCAGCGACAGUUUUCUGCGUCUAAAGGAGAAGAGCGUGUGCUGAUUGAAGCUCUGAGGAGAGCGCAGCGAGUGGAGGCCAGGAAUCUGGAGUAUCAGAGGGAGCUGCUUGAGAAGCUGCGUGCAGUAAAUGCCAGAGAGGCAGCUGCAGAGAGGGAGCAGAUCGAGUCAUUGAGGAUAGCACAGCUGGAGGAAGCCAAAGACUUGAGUCGACAGAGAGAAGAAGUGCAGAAGGAAAAGACAGCGCUGCUGAAGAAAUGGGAAGAGCUUCAGCAGGAAAGAGAAAGACUUGGUGUGUUUUCCCUUUGACCGCAAGCCUCCUGAUUUUAGAUAUUCUAUAAAGGCUUUGGGACAAAUUAAAACACGUUAAUGUAAAAAUGUACACUCCAUUUUAAGUAAAAUAUGUAUAUUUGAAACAAUCA